AUGGCGGAAACCGCUCCACAUACGAUGCGCGUGAAAGAGCUCUACACAUAUCCGAUCAAGUCGCUGCGCGGCAUUUCCCUGCCCAGCGUCUCCGCCCUGUACACUGGUUUCCCGCACGACCGACGGUUCAUGAUAUACAAUGUCGACCAGCAGAAGAACAUGCAUGUGGCAGAGUUCCCCGAGAUGUGCCUUUUCACGACUGCAUUCGCCGACGAUCCCGAGACAAAAUCACCGCAAAGGGUCAUCGUGAGGUACACUAAGGAUCAUACAUUCGACAAGCCAGACCGGAAAGUCGGGGUCGAACCACUAGAGGUUCCCUUAACACCGCGCACGGAGGGACUGAAGCAGCUCGAGGUCAAUAUGCACUUGAGCCCGUGCAUCGGAUACGACAUGGGCGAACAGUAUAACAAGUGGUUCAGCGACCGGUUCGGGUAUGCGGUGAAGCUGCUGUACAUUGGGAACAAUAGAAGGAAGGUGCUGGGUAACGUGCCGCCGAGCGUGGCGGCCAAGCAGAGGGCUGGGUUGGCAGAGACGGACGGCAAUGCGCAACAGAGAGCGGGCAGUUCGUGGCUGAGCAAUAUCACUUCGACGGCCACUUCGCUGGUUGGGAGUGUAGUCGGGCGCGGCAGCGCAGAGGACAAGGAGAAUGACAACGAAUACGAGGGAGUCGACGAGGGCUUGUCGUUUGCCGAUGUCGCACCCUACCUCGUCGUCAGCACCAAGAGCUGGGAGAAUGUGCAGCGGCGACUGCCCGACGGCGAGACCGUCGAAAUUUCAAAGUUCCGGCCGAAUAUCAUUGUGGAAGGUGCCCAGGAGGAUUUCGAGGAGGAUUAUUGGGCCAAACUGCAGAUCGGAGAUGAAGCGAAGUUCAUCUUGACCCAGAAUUGUGCCCGGUGUACUAGUCUGAACGUGGAUUACACGACCGGAAAGGUCGGCGAGGGUGAGGCCGGUAAGAUCCUCAAGAAGCUGCAGAGCGAUCGGCGCGUCGAUCCAGGCGCGAAAUGGAGCCCGGUCUUUGGCCGCUACGGCUUCUUGGCCAAGUUGCCUUCAGGCAAAUCGGCGGCGGAAAUCAAAGUUGGCGAUGAGGUCAAGGUGUCCGAAAGAAACAAGGAUCGAACGAGGUUCGAGUGGCCGGAUCUCAGCACAAAAUGA